AUGUUGUUCAGUUUAGAGAUCUACUGUAAAUUUGAGUUCACAAACGUAAAUUGCACGUCUAACCAAAAAGAAAUAGCCGAAUUUGAAUACUGCUAUUUAAAGUCGAUCAAUCGCAGCUAUAAAUAUAUUUCCGGAAAAGUAAAGUUGUAUGAAAUUCCACUUUCAAGAAUUACGGUGAAUUUAAUAAUGUGGAAAAGAUUUAACGGAUACAAGCCGUUCCUAUACAAUAUUACAGUGGAUUUCUGCAAAUUUCUUGACAAGCCAAAAUCAAGCCCAGUCGGAAAAUUUAUAUACGAUUCAUACAUGAAUUAUUCCAAUGUAAAUCAUUCCUGCCCUUUUACACACGACAUAAUUUUGGAAAAGUUGCCCAUAUCGAUUAUGAAUUACCGAAUGACCAAAAUUCUUCCAUUUCCCGAGGGCGAUUACCUUUUUGAAUUUCGAUGGCUUCGUGCGAAGUCUAUUGUGGGUUGGGCAAAAGUUUUUUUUACUAUUUCAUAG